AUGGAUGUGUUUUGGAAUAUUGAAGGUUUGAGUUGGGAUCCCGUUGAAUGUGGAACAGACAGAAUCUCACUGCCAAGAAAACAACUGUGGAGGCCUGAUAUUGUUAUUAAUGAAUUCAUGGAUGAAAAUAAAGCCCCAGACACAUAUUACCUCUAUCUCCACCAUACUGGUUUGGUAAUGGAUGAUCUUCCAAUUCAUGUGAUCAGUUCCUGCAACAUGGACAUCUAUACCUUUCCAUUCGAUAUUCAGAACUGUUCAUUUACUUUUAAUUCAUACAAGCUUAAUGGUAAGUUGAUUUUAUAUUAUUUUAUUAAUCAGAUCGUUCUCAGCCGUCGACCCACCAUGUAUGUGGUGAACCUCCUGAUUCCCAGCUGUUUCCUCAUUGCUGUAGAUCUAUUCAGCUUUCUUCUACCACCUCAGAAUGUGGAUCGUUCUGCCUUCAAAAUGACCCUCAUCUUGGGUUACACUGUGUUCCUGCUGCUAAUGAACGACCUGCUGCCCGUCACAGGAAACACCUUACCUCUCAUAAAUGUGUUUUUUUCUCUCUGCUUGGCACUGAUGGUGGCCAGUCUUCUGGAGACAAUUCUUAUUGUAAAUAUUCAGUGUGGCUCCAGUCACUAUGGACCGUUACCUCAAUGGGCCAAGGUGCUUUUCCUCAACUACCUUGCUAAAUUUGUUUUUUUAAGCAAGAAAUGCAGUGACCAAAACUGUGAUCCUGAAGAGUACAGAACUGAGACCAAAUGCUGUGAUCCCGUAGCUGACACUCCUCAGAGCGAAGCGGUCUAUAAGACAUCUCCUACUCUUCAGGAACUGAGGAAGAUAAGCCACGAGUUACUAUCCAUCCGUCAGCAGGUCAAUAAACAUUUUAAAACUGAUGAGAGCGCAGAUGAGUGGGAACAUUUGGGUCAAGUCAUUGACCGCUUGCUUUUUGGGCUGUAUGUUAUCUUUCUCUCAGUGAGUUUCAUUACUAUUUUUGUCAUUUGGCUGUCCUGGUACAACAAAAAUGCAUAAUUGACAUAAAUGAACUACAUGAAAAUAAGUGCUGUUGAGUGUAUAUGAUCACUGAACCUGUAAAAACAAGUUGCCAUUUAUUAAAUUAAAUAGUCUGUAAUGAAGAUUUUCUGUCAAUGUUAAGUUCUGUAUUUGUUUUGAUUGUUUUUUGUAAUCCAACUGAUUAAUCAGCAUAAAUGCUUGUUGUCAGAUGUUUAUUAGGUAUAAAGUUUAGUAAGUUAUGGUAGAAGAACUGUUUCAAGAAACACUGUUUUUGGUCUUUUGAGAAAAUACAGGUUGGUUAGAGAAUUUUUUUAUAUAUAUAAAAAAAAAUUCCUUCUUGCUGUUGUUUGAAACGAGUGAAAAAAAAUGAAUAAAUCAAAUCAACAAAUAUGUAUGAUUUCUGAAAAGUGACACUUUUUCAUUUUUGAAAAAAAAAAAAAAAAAAAAACUAUUAAAAAAAAAGGCCAAACAAGACUGACCAUGACCUUUUCAAUGAGAUUCAAAGAUGCUAAGUGGGUUUAUACAAAACAUGAAUUGUUGCACCAUGGAUGUUUACCUUCUCAUUACAGUUCAGUACAAGUACUUCCUUUACAUAUUUACAUUUAGGACUUUAUAAAAACAUCAGGAUAUUACAUAUCACCCCCAAACCACCCCCAAAAUAGAAUGUGAAUUAUGGUGAUGGAAUGCUUAUACAUAUAUUAUAUAUAUAUAUAUAUAUAU